AUGGAUGGAGAGGCCACACUGAAGCUAAGAGAACAAAAGGAAGUGGCGAGGAGAGGAACAGAAGUGGACUACUCCAGGCUCAUUGCUGGCACUUUACCACAAUCUCACUUAAGCUAGUGUUUUUUGCAGGUUGCCAACAGGAGGGCAGGAUGGAAAAUGCCUUUCUUCCUCAUACUGUGCCUGCUACAAGGUUCUUCUUUCGCCCUUCCACAAAAAAGACCCCAUCCAAGAUGGCUGUGGGAGGGCUCUCUCCCCUCCAGGACCCAUCUCCGGACCAUGGGAACACUCACGCCUUCGUCGCCCCUCUGCUGGAGGGAGGAGAGCUCCUUUGCAGCUCCAAAUGCAUUGAAGGGCUCAAGGCUGGUGUCUGGGGAGCCUGGAGGAGCUGUCACCAUCCACUGCCGUUAUGCCCCCUCAUCUGUCAACAGGCACCAAAGGAAGUACUGGUGCCGUCUGGGGCCCCCAAGAUGGAUCUGCCAGACCAUUGUGUCCACCAACCACUACACUCACCAUCGCUAUCGUGACCGUGUGGCCCUCACAGACUUUCCACAGAGAGGCCUGUUUGUGGUGAGGCUGUCCCAACUGUCCCCGGAUGACAUCGGAUGCUACCUCUGCGGCAUUGGAAGUGAAAACGCCAUGCUGUUCUUAAGCAUGAAUCUGACCAUCUCUGCAGGUCCCUCCAGCACCCUCCCCACAGCCACUUCAGCUGUUGGGGAGCUCACCAUGAGAUCCUAUGGAACAGCAUUUCCAGUGGCCAACAGAUGGACCCCAGGAACCACCCAGACCUCAGGACAGGGGACAGCAUGGGACACAGUUGCUUCAACUCCAGGAACCAGCAUGACCACAGCUUCAGCUGAGGGAAGACAAACCCCAGGAGCAACCAGGCUAGCAGCUCCAGGGACAGGCAGCUGGGCGGAGGGUUCCGUCACAGUAACAGCUCCCAUUCCAGAGAGUCCAGCUUCAAAAAGCAGAAGCAUGUCCAAUACAACAGAAGGUGUUUGGGGGGGCACCAGAAGCUCAGUGACAAACAGGGCGAGAGCCAGCAAGGACAGGAGGGAGAUGACAACUACCAAGGCUGAUAGGCCAAGGGAGGACACAGAGGGGGUCAGGAUCACUCUUGAUGCAGCCAAAAAUGUCCUAGGAACCAUUAGACCACCAGCUCUGGUCUCAGAAACUCUGGCCUGGGAAAUCCUCCCACGAGCAAUGCCAGUUUCUAAGCAGCAAUCUCUGGGCUACGUUGGAGAAACAACUCCAGCUAUAGGCGUGUGGACCUUGGGAACUCCAGCUGCAGGUGUGUGGACCAGCGUAGAGGCAGCAUCUGGGGAAGGAAGCGCUGCAGGGGACCUAGAUGCUGCCACUGGAGACAGAGUUCCCCAAGCAACGCUGAGCCAGGCCCCGGCAGUAGGACCCUGGAGGCCCCCUGGAAAGGAGUCCUCUGUGAAGAGUGCUUUUCCUGAAGAUGAAAGCAGCUCUCGGACCCUGGCUCCUGUCUCUACCAUGCUGGCCCUGUUUAUGCUUAUGGCUCUGGUUCUAUUGCAAAGGAAGCUCCGGAGAAGGAGGACCUCUCAGGAGGCAGAAAGGGUCACCCUAAUUCAGGUGACACAUUUUCUGGAAGUGAACCUCCAACCAGACCAGCUGCCCCAUGUGGAAAGAAAGAUGCUCCAGGAUGACUCUCUUCCUGCUGAGGCCAGCCUGACUGCCCCAGAGAGGAAUCCAGGACCCUGA